AUGGGAGGAGAGGAAUCUGAGAAACAGGAAGAUUCACAAGGACCAUCGGAGCUGUUGCAGAGCCUGAGAUCCAAAGCGACGGAGCUUCUUCUCCGGGAAGAAUGGGAAGAGUCUAUAAAGGUUUACACCAAGUUCAUCGAUCUCUCCCGGAGCCAAAUCUCAAAGCUCUGUGGAUCCAACCCGGACCCGGAACCCGAUUCGAUCCAUAAGCUCCGGAAAUCGCUCUGCUUGGCUCUCUGCAAUCGCGCUGAGGCGCGAGCAAGGCUCCGAGAUUUCUCCGAAGCGAUGCGUGAUUGUGAUCAAGCGCUCGAGCUCGAGAGCACCCAUUUCAAGACUCUUAUUUGUAAAGGUAAAGUUUUAUUCGGCUUGAGCAAAUACUCAUCGGCCUUGGAAUGCUUUAGAACGGCUCUGCUCGACCCGCAAGCGAGUGAUAACUUGGAGACUGUUACUGGGUACAUGGAGAAAUGCAGAAAGCUCGAGUCUCAGGGCAAAACUGGAGCUCUCGAUCUCUCUGAUUGGAUCCUAAGUGGGUUUCGUGGGAGAUCGCCGGAGCUCGCUGAGUUCAUCGGAACGAUCGAGAUUAAGAAGUCUGAGGUCAGUGGGCGUGGACUGUUCGCUGCGAAGAACAUCGUUGCAGGAACUUCGGUCUUAGUCACCAAGGCUGUAGCAAUUGAGAGAGGGAUUCUGGGAAGUGGAGAGUCUGGCGAGAAAGCACAGCUGAUCAUGUGGAAGAACUUCGUCGAAGAUGUUACUGAAUCCGUGAGGAAAUGUGACAGAACAUGUCGACUUGUCUCCACUUUAUCCACUGGACAAGACGAAGAUAAACUGGAGAUUCCAGAGAUGUCUCUCUUUAGGCCUGAUGACGGUGAAGCAUUUGAAAUCUUCCGUAACUCGAAGAAUUUGGAUACUGAGAAGCUACUAAGCAUUUUGGAUGUGAAUUCUCUGGUGGAAGAUGCGACUUCAGCGAAAGUUAUGGGGAAGAACAAAGAGUAUUACGGCGUGGGGCUAUGGAUACUAGCUUCGUUUAUCAACCACUCGUGUAUACCAAACGCAAGACGCCUCCACGUUGGGGACUACGCGAUUGUUCAUGCCUCAAGAGACAUCAAGGCCGGGGAAGAGAUCACUUCUGCUUACUUCGACGUUCUUUCUUCUCCGUUGGAAAAGCGGAAGGAGAUGGCUGAGUCAUGGGGGUUUCGCUGCGGAUGCAGUAGAUGUAAGUAUGAGAGUGUCUUGUCUGUUACAAACCAAGAGAUUUUAGAGCUCGAGAUGGGUUUAGAGAGAGGCGUAGACGCAGGAAACGCUGUUUACAUGGUCGAGGAAGGGAUGAAGAGAUGGAAGGUGAAAGGAAAAGAUAAAGGGUUGUUGAGAGCUUCUUAUUGGGGAGUUUAUGAUGAGAUUUAUAGCUCGGAGAGACUUAUGAGGAGAUGGGGAAGGAAGGUUCCAACAAUGGAGGUUGUGGUGGACAGUGUCUCUGAUGUCAUUGGAAGUGAUGAGAGGUUGCUGAAGAUGGUGGUUGAAGGGAUGAAGAAGAAGAGUGGAGGAGGUUGUAGUAACAUUGCAGAGAUGGAGAGAAUUCUGAAACUCGGAAAGGGUGUUUAUGGCAAAGCUGUAUCGAAAAAGAAGGCAAUGAAGACUCUUCUUGGCCUAGAAAGCUGA